AAGUUAUUUAGUAUUUAAAAAAAACAACAUUAUCAAAUAGCAGCAGCAGAUUUUACACAAACUCAACGAACACAUAGCUUGAAGCUUAAACAUAAAGCAGCUACACAGGGACACGACAACAACGCUAUUAUGUCCGGCAGCAUGAACAAUUACACGACACUAAUGCAUGCGACGAAUCGAGGCUUCGGGGACGAGCAGGCACAGGCAGAGGCUGCAAAACUAUUGCAGAGACUACCACAGGGCAUAGGCGAACCGCCUUACCUGCAUGGGGCUCACAGCCUUGACGAUCGCGAGAAGGCCAUUGUGGACAACAUUAAUGCGGAUCAGAAUGCUGUAACCCAUCUCAAAUAUGUAAGCUCGGAUCGCGAUUUAUCGCUGGAUAAGCUGGAUAAGCAAAACAAAGUGCUGGACAAAUAUCUGGACAGUCAGGAGGAUGAUGUAUCGCUGCGAAAAUAUUUAGUGUUUGGCGUCCAAUGGGUAUCGCUAGUGACGGAAAACCUGCUCAGCCAUCCGUUUAUAGUGCUGCGACGUCAGUGCCAAGUGUACAAUGCCUCACAGCGCUAUCAUCUGCAUCCGUUUCAGCUGCUGCCCAGCAUAGUGCAUCUUCAUAGGCGUCAGGGCGUCACCACGCUGUGGAAGGGCUUGGGCAGCUGCCUGCUGGUGCGUGGCAUGACACUGGCCAUUGACGAUGUUAUUUGCAAGUUCACCAGCUGGCCCAAGGAUGUGGAUAGCCGCACUACACUCAAGCGCUUUGGUCAGCAUAUAUUGCUCAAAUGCAUAAGCAUUGGCCUGGUUGUGCCCUUCUAUGCCGCCUCGUUGGUGGAGACGGUGCAAAGCGAUAUAGCCAGCGAAAAGCCGGGCCUCUUGGAUGUGUUUCGUGAGGGGAGUCUGCGUUUGUUUUAUUGGAGCUCGCCGCAAAAGGGACGCAUGCUGCCUGCGUGGGCGCUAAUUGGACCUUGCGUAACCAUGGGCAUUACCAAAUACUUGUUCAGUCUGGUCAUACGUGGCGUCUCCUCGCGCAUAAUGCGGCGUCGCCUUACAGCCAAGCAGGAGGAGAGUGGCGCCAAAUUUCGCGACAAUACGCUGGAACAUCAAAAUGCCGAAAUUUAUGCCAAUCUAAUUGCCAUGCUGACCACUGAGGUGUUAUUCUUUCCGUUCGAGACAAUAUUGCAUCGCUUGCAGCUACAGGGCACACGGACCAUUAUCGAUAAUCUCGACAAUGGCUAUGCGGUGGUGCCCAUUUUAACAAAUUACCAGGGCGCGGUGGACUGCUAUCGCACCACAAUGUUAACCGAGGGCAUUGGUGGCCUUUACAAGGGCUUUGGCGCCAUGGUUCUGCAGUUCGCUGCCCAUGUGGCCGUCAUUAAGUUAACCAAAUGGGUUGUGGGACAAAUUACGGAAGUUAUCUCAAGUCGACCGCCAGCACGUAUUGUUCAGUACUAUAAUCUAGACCGUGGCGUUAAUAAUUCCAAUUCAACAACCAUAUCGCCGAGCAUUUCGAGCACGGAAUUGGAUGGGAAUAGCGUCGGACAAAAUUCAGUCGAUUAGAUCAAGUUAAGGUGUCGUCAAUUAUAUUUGCGAUUUUGCUGUUUCUAGAUUUUUUUUUCAAUUUUUAAUUCUUUUUUUUCCAAAUUAUUUGUUGUGUAGCCAAUGUUUUACACUGGGCCCACAGCUAGACAGUUUCUCACAGUGUAUGUGAGUAGCUGAGCCAGACAGAGCCUUACAAGUGUUCAUGUUCUAUAUUUCAUUAUGUUGCUGUGAUAACUUCCGUGCUUGCGUAGGCGAGUGAAUUUUAAGAAUUAAACAAGUCUAUAUUUUUUUUCUUCACUACGAACAACAUAGCAAUAAUUAGCCAAGAAUGUUAUUUAAUAAGAACUGAAGGUAAAAAAAAGUAACUUGAUAAUAAAGUGUGUUAGUUGAAAAUGAUCUAAGAACAAGGCUUUAAAAUAUUUAUACUCUAA